AUGGAGAAAGAAUCUGAUUGUGGUGAAUUUAACGUAAUUUCUACAGCCGAGGAACAAGUUAAAGAGGAAGUGAAAUCGGUUGUGGUUGAAAGGUUUCAAACGCAAGUAUCUCAGUUUGAAAUAGACACUUUAAUACAUUCACAAACAAAUGCUAAUACCAGAAAGAAUACUAAAUGGUCACUAAAUAUAUUUAAUGAAUGGCGGAAAUGUCGAUCGAAGGGUGAUAAUGAUAUACCUGAAUUGCAAGAUAUGACAGCAGAAGAAUUAGAUUAUUGGUUACAGCGAUUUAUUGUAGAAUUGCGUAAAAUGAACGGAGAUGAGUAUUCCCCUAAAUCAGUUUAUUAUAUCAUUUGUGGGCUUAUGAGACACUUGAAGGACCAUAAUAUUUCCAUUAACAUUCUGGAGGAAGCUGAUACACGUUUUCUGUUAACCAGAAAGGUGUUAGAUGCCAAGAUGAAGGAAUUAGUAAGCCAAGGAGUCGGUUGUAAACCGAAAACAGCUGACCCCGUAUCAAACGAAGAUGAGUAUAAGUUGUGGAAUUCUGGUCAAAGAUGUUUAUGUACAGUAUUUAAAACCUAUUUAGACGCGAUAGAAUCCGGAAUGUUUUAUAGAAAGCCAUUACAGAAUGGCAUAAGAUACGGAAAGCAGCCUGUUGGGAUUAAUAAAUUAGGUAAUUUCAUUAAUGAAAUGUGUCAACAAGCUGGUUUAGUCGGACAUUACACUAACCACUCCGGUAAGAAGACCUGUGCUACUGAAAUGUACCGCAAUGGACAAGAUGAACAAUCCAUCAUGGAACGCACAGGUCAUAGAUCUGACGAGGCGUGUAGGGUUUACAAAAUUAAAUCCGACGAGUUGCAGAAACAGGUUUCAAGUGUUUUGGAGGCGCCAAUAAGUGCUAAAGAAAGUAGUGAACCUGUUUCUAAAAAAGCGAAAAUUUCGGUUUCCUCACCCCCACUGAAGGACACACGUUUUAACGAAUUUAUCAACACUUGCGGACCAGUACAUUUCAAUAAUUGUAAAUUUACUUUUAUGUAA